UUUUAUUAAAUCUAAAUUUUAAUAAAAGACAGUCAAUCAAUAUUGAAAAAAGUAAACUUCUCGAGAUAGGCUUUAAGGUGGGAAGGUUCACUCUAUAGUGUAUAGGGAGUAGUUAACCAAGAAAAAAAGCAAUGUGGAGUUAAAUCGAGCGUACUCGCGAUUCGCGUGGUAACCAAGGGGCGCGCUUUAAUUCCCCGAGUGAUGCGCAAAACCGCACGCUGGUCUCCUGGAAAACCGUAACGUCAUCCUAGAGGUCAUUAGGCCGAAGUAUCUGGUGUAUACUUUCUUCAAUUAACAUUCCGUCUAUCGACAGUUUUAAUCGAAGCAUGUCCAGGGCGAACAAUCGCUCGAUACUUGGGCCCUUGAUUCGCGUGAGUCUUGAGCAACGCAGCAUGAUUCGCUAAUGUAUGCGUCGGCAAGUACACUUUUUCCCGAGAUUUUUUCAUUGCUACGCCAUUUCAAGACGUUGUGCUGCGCUGUCCAGCAGAGUGCAUUGCCUGUCCAACACCCACGGUGGUCCGUGGCUAGGUGCCGAUUAUGUCCAAGGGAGAUGGUGCGAUGAAUACGACUCGAGCCAAGGAAACGGAGGAUUUUUUUCCAGUACGAGAUAUUGAAACAGAUAGUAGGGAACUCGUUACUCUGAGAACGCUAGCUCCAAGAAGAUCGUCCCAAUCAGCGAGGAAUUAUUCACAAAACUCUAUCGAUUUUUCUCUAAAUUUCGAAAGAUUGACUUUUUCUGAGAUGGGAGAAAAAUUGUUCAAAAUAAGUCAAAUCACUUAUCUUAACACCUCCUAUGAAGCCAUUAAUGCAAUCCGCGAUAUUAAAUACGCCUGGGUGGUAACAACCGGUAAGCAAUCUGAGAAAAUGAAAGUCACUAGCAGGCUUGUGAUGUAUUACUUGAUUAUUUUCUCACUCUACAUUAUAAAGUCCUGUACUUGGGUCGACCGAAAGCUGCUGGCUGGAUUACUAAAAAUGUUACUUGAAUCAAAAAAGAACACGCAAAUGCUGAUCGGAUUGGGAAUCGUGCUUUCCCUGAUAGUUGUAGCCUACGUAAUUGGUACACCCUGCCCGGAACCACAAGCGGUUUGCGACAAGUAAAUGCACUGACCCAUGAUCAGUGCAACCCCACUUCAGGCCAAGCAAGAAGACUCAAUAAAUCUGUCUCGAUACGAUACCAGUCUUAUUUAUUGUUGGGUACCACGAAUAUAAAUUGCGCAAACGUGCACUCCUUUCCUCCCCCUUUGCCACUCUACUACUCGUACUUAUCAACCUACAUAUCUGGUUAUCUGCUCCUCUCUUAGCUCAUGAAACAAGUGCUAGUCUGCCGUUCUUCGUGGAAGCAACGGUGCUUGAUAACCUUGAACUAAUUAGCUUUACUACACGAAUUAUUUCACAAGGUACUCAGUACAGCUCCUUUGAAUAUGUCGUAGUUAAUUUUCUCUUUGGAUGUAUUGUGCUCUCUUCACAAGCACUUGCUGAAAGAGCCUCGAGAUAAUCCGAUAACGCGCUCGCCUGUAUCGUACGUGUUAAUUAAGCAUGGAACGACGCGACUCGACGGUGCGGUGGGGCCCGUACAUUUACAAUGUUUACGAAGAACUUAAUCUUAAACAUCGUGUGACCUUUAAUUACGUACAUAAAGCCUACCUUUUAUCAUUCUCAUGUCAUGCACGCGUCACUCACUUUUGUUAAUAAAUUUAUCUUUACUUUUGUUGGAACAGGAAAUAACUAAUCAUAUCUCCAAGAGAAAUUUUCAGUAACAAAAACUGAAUUAAAAUAAUAUUUUUUGGUUCAGCAACAGAUUUGUAGAACGGACGAAAUUUUUUUUUAAACGAGAAAAUGUUACUACUUCCACAACUAAAUUGUUUUGUUGUCGGAACCAAAUAUUUUUCUCUCAUUAGUAUAAGUGCUACAGAAAGUUUCAAAUUGUCACAUCAUUUUUUCAAUUACCAACUGUGGGACAAGAAAAUGCCUGUGUUGCAUUUGAUCUUCAAGCCACAAUUGUUAUUCUUGUUAACGGACUUUUUUAAAGUGAAAGGCAUUAAAAUUAUGUAUUGAAGCCGAUUUUUGAAAAAAUCAUUUAGUAUUUAUUUCUGUAAUAAGUAAAGAGAGAAUUAAUAUUAUUUGGACAUUUGAAAAGUACCAUUAUAAACAAAGAAUAUCGUGAAAAUGGCAAGGUGAAUAUUAAUAGCUCGUUUAGUCUUCGUUUUGAGUCGGAUUCUUGACGGUGGAUAAAUAAUUUUUUGUAAAUUCUAUAAACAAAAUUUGUAAAUAAUU